UCUCCACGGCUGCUGCCUGGGACAGAAGAGGCGCACAACGAGCGCGAGCCUCGGCAGCAACGAAGCGCAUAUCCCCGCUGUCCUUCACCGACCUCCGAGAACUCCAACAACCGACAACCAAAGGAGCCAUGGCGGAGCACACGCGUAUUCUCAUGUGGCUGCAACUUUUGGCGGCUUGUCUGGUGUUGGCAGUGAACGGUGAUUACUGUGAGGUGAAUAAUUGCAGUAAUGGUGGAACCUGUGUUACUGGAGCAGGAACUCCGUUCAUCUGUAUUUGCCCUGACGGCUUCUCUGGAGAAACCUGCAACGAGACUGAGAGUGGGCCCUGCAAGCCCAAUCCCUGCAAGAACGAUGCCAUCUGCGAGGUGACGGGCCAAUCCCGCAGAGGUGACGUGUUCAGCGAGUACGUCUGCAAGUGUCAGCCGGGCUUUGAAGGUGUCCACUGCCAGAACAGUGUCCAAGGGGCAGAAUUAAGUUCUCAAAAAGAUAUAAACGACUGUGCCGGCCAGCCAUGUGAGAAUGGAGGCACCUGCAGGGACCUGGAAGGAGAUUUCAAAUGCCACUGCCGUUCGCCUUAUGUGGGCAAACACUGCCAACUGCGCUGCAUUUCUCUGCUUGGCAUGGAGGGAGGGGGCAUCGCUGAAUCCCAGAUCUCAGCCUCAUCAGUCCGCUACACCCUGCUGGGCCUGCAACGCUGGGGACCUGAGCUCUCCCGCCUCCACAACAAGGGGCUGGUUAAUGCCUGGAGCGCUGCUGCACAUGACAGGAACCCAUGGAUAGAGAUCAACUUGCAGAGGAAAAUGCGUUUCACAGGUAUCGUGACUCAAGGCGCCAGUCGCAUAGGAACAGCAGAGUUCGUUAAGGCCUUCAAGGUGGCCUCCAGCCUGGACGGCAGGACAUUCACCAUGUACAGAACCGAAGGACAGAGACAGGAUAAUGUAUUUGUGGGAAACGUUGACAAUGACGGCACCAAGACCAACUUGUUUGACCCUCCAAUCAUCGCCCAGUUUAUCCGCAUUGUCCCUGUGGUGUGUCGCAAGGCCUGCACCAUGCGCAUGGAGCUGGUGGGCUGUGAGCUCAAUGUGUAUUCAAACACUUCAGGUUGCUCUGAGCCGAUGGGCAUGAAGUCCCGACUGGUGUCUGACCGCCAGAUCACAGCCUCCAGCACCUUCCGCACCUGGGGCAUCGAGGCCUUCAACUGGCACCCUCACUACGCCCGACUGGACAAGCAGGGCAAGACGAACGCCUGGACCGCCGCCUCAAACAACCGAUCUGAGUGGCUGCAGGUGGACCUCCUAGCUCCCAAAAAGAUCUCAGGAAUCAUCACACAGGGGGCCAAGGACUUUGGUGCCAUUCACUUUGUAACGGCCUUCAAAGUGGCUCACAGUGACGACGGGAAGUCCUGGACCAUCGUGAAGGAUGGGACCACAAAUACAGACAAGAUCUUCCCCGGCAACAGUGACAACAACGUUCACAAAAAGAACAUCUUGGAGCCGCCGAUCUACGCUCGAUAUGUCCGCAUUCUGCCGUGGGAGUGGCACGAGCGCAUCACCCUGCGAAUGGAGCUCCUAGGCUGUGACGAGUAACUCCGCCCAAUACCCGUCUCUCCUCUCCUCUUCCCUUCGACUCCCCUCUCUACCUCCCCCCCAUUACUUCCUUCCUCCUCCCACUUCUCUCCUCCUCUGUCCUCUCUCCCUUGUCUCUCCUGAGCCACACCUGCACUGCCUUGCUCUCAGCCCUAGGGGGCAGCAAACACCAGAGUAGCACCUCACCACCCCCACCCAGAGGUGGGAGACGUUACCCCUCACCACUGUCACUGGGGCCUAGAGUUUAGCUCCUGUGUCCCUUCAUUUUUCGUUAGCUGAAUAGACAGAGGCAAUUUAUGUGACAACUUAAAAAAGUGGCCAUGUAUCUUCCGGGGUCAGAUUUGUUUUUGUGUCACCUACAUGCUGAAUGAAAGUUGAUCCCGGUGUCAGAGGUCAGGGGUAACAAUACUGCUGCUGUAUCAGUUGGUGCUGCCUGAUCCUACAUCAGUUCUACCUGAAACGUUGAACCUCCAAGACCCACGGCUGGUGAUGUACAUAAGCUCCAUUUAACCGCUUGCACACUUGAUCCCCCCCCCCACCCCAACACACACAGAAUAUAUAUUAUCUUCAGACAAUACAGUACAUUGAUGCUUUUGAUUGAUUAUUGCUCUUGUUGAGACAAUUUCUGUGUUUGUAGAGAAAAGAUAAUACACAAAAUAUUCUGGUCCCUGCAGUUCAUAAAGGUUAACAGUGUUAAAGUUGGUUAAACAUAUACUGUAUGUGUAGUAGCCAAUGACAGAAUCUGUCUUUUUACUGAACCUGUAUGUGAAUCUGUGGUCUGGUUUUACAAAGUUACAUGUGAAUCACUUUUUUGCAUUUGGCCUCAUCAGGGUGAAGUUUUGUGCCAAACACACCCUCGUUUUUUUUUUUCUUCCUGUGGGUUUCUGUAGAAAAACACUGCACUGAUGUAGAUCCACACUAAACCAAACAAAGAAUCGACUACAUUCAUUCAUUAUGUUGAACAUAAUCAGUCAAUGAACCAGUUUCAAAUCUUUAGUGAAAAAGUUCAAAAGAAAUGGCGAGAUUUCCACGUGCUGCUGCCGUGCGUUGUGAGAUCUUCAGCCCUAAAAUGACAUUUAUACAAGUCUUACAUUACUCAUUCAGAAAAUGACUGUGCAUUUACAUGCUCCUUGGAAGGUCCAACUUCCCAAGUUGUGAAGUUGUUCUCCCAACUGCAGUGUGUGCAUGUUUUUUGAAGUUGGAAUGUUGAAAAAGCAUGGACGCUGUAAACAAAAUGUGUAGUAUCUAUAUGUUUUGAGCCUUUAAACAUUAUCGUGGCACCUAGUUCCAACAUAUAAAUCAUAACGAUGUGUGCAAGACUUGCAUGUGACAAAAGUGUAGCACUUGACAAGUUUGACAAACUAGAGCCCACUGUUUACAGCUGAUUGUAAAAUUAUGUUAAUUGGGUUUUAAGUGAUGAAAUCGGCCACUUUGUAACUCUUUUUCCAGUGGAUAACAAAUGUUUCUGAUUAUUCCAUUUCCAGAAUAACUCAAUUAUUUCACCUUUGUUUGGCAGUAAUUUUAAUUUUGUCUUGAGCAGAAUGUUUGAAGUGGAGUGACAGGAAGCUUGGGUUGAUCUUUCUCACUUCACGUUUGAUCUGGCUGACAGGAUUUCUCAAAUAACACGUAGCACUCAUGGAAUAAUUACAUUAAGUCGAUGCUCUUCCAACAAUUCCGCGUAUAACCCGCUGGUUAGCGUCAUAAACUGAAAGUUAACAAGGCUGCAAAUUGGAACAUGUAACAGUGCGAUGACUCGGGUCAGUGCAGAUCUGCUCCUCAUGUACAGCGAAUGCUACUGAAACGCCACUUAUCCCCUCACUCAGCUGUGCUUCUAGUUGUGUUCACCUACUUUCACUUUUUUAAGGCACUUUGAUGUUUGUGUUUUGAUAUUUGAAAUAUAUGAAAACAAAAAAAAGAACUGUAUUGUGUACAUUGAAGAACGAACCGUAAACAUAAAACAUAGUCAUUAUAACAUGUAAAAGUUAAAAAAAAAAAAAUUAAGAGAAGAAAAUAGACUUGCUGUUUCUUUGGUAAACUGAGUUUUGAAAGUCUAGUGUUUAGUGUUAAUAUGUGACAUGCACAUACACAGUACUUUAGAACAGGAGUGUGUUCAUAUUAGAUGUUUGCUGCCGACCAUUUAUUUAGGGUCCAACACUUAGCCUCCAGUUGAAAGCUGCGGUCCCGCUGAUAAGACUGAAAGAGAGAAACCAAAUUAAAGGCGAUUUUUACGCUUCCACCGGACAUGUGACAGGACCCGCCCUAUCAUCUGCUUCUGCAAGCAGCCCCCCCCCCCCCCCCCCCCCCGUCACAGUAUUCUAAACCGCUCCACCCCAUGAAUUAUGAAUUAUGGGCUUGUGCAAUAUUACACCGUUAGUUUCGAUAACAAUGAAUAUUAAAUUAGAGAUCUUUAAAAAUGCAUGAGGGGAUAGCGGUGUCAUUGAGAGGCUGGGAUGGCUGAUGGUGUCAAACACUGUACAAUAUUUAUUAUUGUCGCAGACGUAUCCAUGAGCAGCCCCCCUUGUUAUCCACGACUGCAUGCUUUCUAUUGACUCGUGAUGUGGAGCCCAUCUGAAUUUAUGGUGACAAAGCUUCAUUUAUUUUGUAGAUGUCCAUCAACAUACAAAUUAUUGUACUUCUCUUGUUUGAUCGUUCUUCAGGUUUUCUAUGAUGGAUUAAAAAAAAAAAAUGCUGAUGUGUUGUUAUGGUAUUAUAUGAGUUUGUUUCUUGCUAUUUUGACUGUUAACUUCACAGAAUUUUGCUUGAAAUUUUUGUAUUCCAAUGUUGUGUUUCUAAGAGGAUUCCUUUAUGUUUGGCCUUUGUAUCUUAAAAUGAACAAUAAAUAAAGAAUUUUGAAAAACAA